UUUUGGUGUGAGGGACAUUCACGGUAACAUCCUUAUAAUUCCCAAAAAAGCUUCCGAGAUUAAAGGAUAACUAUGGCGGUGAACAAAUAAUAUAGUUCUUUACAAAAAUACUAUAUACAGAAAGUAAUCGUAUCAAAUUCAUAUCCUAUCUAUGAAUUUGAUCCUAUUACUUAUAAAGUUAUAAGUAAAGGGGUUUUGGAGGCGGUGGUUGGUUAAUAAAAAGUUGAAAGAUUCUAUGACGCUGGAGAAAUCCUUGGCAAGUAAAAAGCCAAACAACAAACAUUUUUAUCCCAUCUAUAUAUUUUUUUUGGUGUAAUUUUUUAUCCAUAUAUGGCCUUCCAUUGCACAACGGAGACACGUGUAAGAUCCUACGUUUGAUAUUAUUUCUCGUGGGUCUUGUUGGAUCUCUACGUAAUUAAUGGGAUUGUUCCUCGGUGGAAUUAGAUAUGUCGCUAAUGUUGUCUUCCGAUAAGAAGAUAAAUAUAUGUGUUACUCAGUCAAAUGUUUGAUUAUACAAUUCGAAAGUAGAUAAUUCAAAUGCAAGUGCUUAUCUUCCUUUGUGGUCAUUUUCUUGGAAGAAUUUAUUAAAAUUUGGAGCAUAGCAAAUUCUGCCGACCACCAGUAAGGGGACAAGUCUUGUUGUGUAUAAAACGAUUUCAUUAAUUGUUUCUCUUUAUAAUAUUACGUGGUUGGUUAAGAAAAAUACUAAAUUAUGCGAUUAGUUAGUUAAAACAUUUUUCUUAAAUGUAUAUACACCUUACUACAAAAGUAUUAAAGUAGCUAUUAAACAAUGUUGUGUGAUUGAUAUAAGUAAACCUUGUGAUUGAUAUCAAUAUAAUUAUAUUUAUUUGCCGAAUUGACAAAAAUUAAACACCUGUAAGUACCUGAGUAAGUUAUAUAAAGUUCGAUGUAGCAUCUACACGUAUGUUAUUAACGAAUAAAUUACAGCUGAGCAAAGAGCAGAAUACAUUUAUAUAUCUUUUUGUUGUUGUCAACUAAAGUCUAGAAGACUAGAACUAAAGAUAUAUCCUCUAACUGGAAUAUGAUAACACAAUCAGAUGGCAUUUAAGUACAAAUUGUCGGGUGGUGACUUGAAUAUUAUGGCAUGUGAUUAUGAUAUAUAUGUAGAAAGACAAAUGGACAGAAACGCACACAGCAAACGCGUGGCCUAGAAGAUAGCUAGAGAUCGAAGACUUGGAAACUGGGAGUCAAUGUUUCCAUAAUACUGAUAGUAUAUUUCGACCAGGUAAGGCCCAGGGUUAAGGAGCUUCUGUUUUAAUACUGCAACGUGUACGGUGUUUGGGACAUGAACGGCUAAAUUAUUCGACUUGAACACUAAUCAAGGCGGGGAAUAUAUAUAUGGAUUUCCACCGGAAACAGAUUUAUAUUAUAUUGAAAUGUUGGCUAUGGAUCUAACAAAAUCAUGUGAAUACAAUCCAUAUUGAUAUGACUUUUUGGAAUUGAAAUUUUUGUCGUGAAAGGAACAUAUAUUGGACAACUGGAUGUGGCAAAUUUUAAAUCUAAAGUGAAUCUAUCACAUAUAGUUUUGAUACAUGAAUGCUUUUAGACCGUCUAUUUUGCUAUUUUCACCUCUAAAAUAUGGAAACUCUAUAAUAGAGGUGAGAUAUGCUUUAAUGUAUUCCCUUAAAAUAGGAAUCUCUAAAAUAUAGAGUAAAAAAUAGAGGAAUGUUAUUUCUUCCUCUAUAAAUAGAAGAAAAAAUAGAGAUCUCUAUUAUAGAGAAAGAAAUAGAGGUAGGUUGGAGCAAUUUCACCUCUAAAUGCUAUUAUAGAAGUGAAAAUAGCAAUGGGUUGGAGAUGCUCUUAUAGUAUAUGUUUAGUUUUUGUUAUGCAUAGCUUUUUGUAGAAUAUGAUUUCAGGUGUACUUUUGGGAAGAAGACAAGAUGAUAGUGAUCUAUAUUCUGUUCAUGUGUAUUAUUUUUGUUAUGCAUAAUCAUAACAAAAAUAAGGUAAUCAUCUUAUGCAUAGUUUGCACAUUAGAUUAAGUGUGUGAAUGGCGACACAAUGGUCGCGGAUUUGUGUGCGGUAUUACCAAAACCGCAAAUGAUGCACCAUUCACAAAACUUAUAAAAAUAUGUGCGGUUUUGUGAACAGUAAAAAGCAAAACCGCAGUGUGUAAAGAUCUGUUCAAAACAGUGUAAUUAUUGCUCAAUUCCGCACAUUUUCGUUACGCUUCAAAUGCCCAGCGUUUUUUGAAAAAAACGCACUAAACAGUGUAAUAAUACUUUUUAUUUGUAACUAAUAUAAUUAUAUAUAAUAAUACUUUAUUGAAAAGCACAUGUUUUAAGAGAAUAUAUUGUUGAAUCUUUGAUAUAAAUUUCUAACAGUUUUAUCGGUUAUUUAACUUUAAAUAUGUUUUCACAUUUAAAGGAAUUCUGUUAUUUUCACGUUAUAAAUAUAUUAUAAUGAAAGAGACAACGUAUUAUUUUAAUAGCACAUAGUUUUUUUUGGUCUUCUUCAAAACAGUAUUAUUUUUUACCAUUUCUCAUAUGUUAAAUUUUAAUUUACAAAAAAACGUGUUAAACUUUAUAUAAUUUAUGCUUAACUAUUUUGUUCUUUAAUAAAGUUUAAUAUUAUUUUAUUAUUUUGUUUUCAAAAAGCUAGUUAGUUUCAUUUAAAAAUUAAAAUAAAACUAUACUACGGUAUAGCGAUGGGGAUUCGGUUCUCGGUUCGAUUCUAGUUCAGUUAUUUUAGUUCUUCGGUUUUCUGGUUUUAGAAGUUUAGGAUUCUUACGUUAUUUAGAAAGUUUGGUUCAGUUUCGGUUUGGUUAUUUUUAUUUUUGAUUUGGUUCGGAUAACAAAGUUGAGAACCAUUUUAUUUUCAAAGUUGUUUUUGAUCCCAUUCGAUUCCAGAUUUUUUGGUUAAUUCAUGUUAAAAUUUUAAAAAUCAAAUUUUCAGAUUAAUAUUAUAUUUUGGAGAUUUUCGGAUAAAAUUUUGAUUUCUUCAGAUAAAUUUAAAUAUUUUGGAUAAAAGAUAUUUUAAUUAUUGAAUUUUACUAUGUUAAUAUACUAUUUGGAUUAUUUUAAAUAUUUUAAUAAUUGAGUUGUGAGAUAUCAUAUGUCUCGGUUCAACUCUGGUCUUGUUCCUAGGAAUAAACAAGAAUUAUUCAACCGGUAUCAUGCGAGAACAUUUAGAAUUUGAAAGAAAAAAAUGGAAGAUUCUAUCUCAUUUUCCAAGAUUUUUUUUUAAUAUAUAUGUAAUUUAAAUUUUUAGUUCAGAUGAAUUUUGGUAUUAAAAUUUUUUAAAUAAGAAAAAAAAAUACAUCAAUAACAGUGAAUAGAAUAUUUUAACUUUAAAUUAUAUUGAUUUCUUUGAUAUUUUUUUAUAUUAUUUUUUUAUUGUUCAAUUCUGCGAAUUAUACAUGUUCACCAAUCAACACAAUUCCGCACCGUUAAUUUUAUCAAAACUGCACUUGUCCCGCAAACCGUAUGAACCGCAGUUGGACCAUACCAUACUUAAAUUCCGUCCCGCUAAUAUUAGCAAUUCCGCGGUCACCAUUCGGACCCUAAGUUGAAAAAUCCUUCGAGAGGUGAUUGCAUCCAUUAUAUUGUUUUUUAAGAUGGGAUAAAAGGAUAAAAGGUGAAUUGGGUCAAACGGACCAAUAUUGAACAUACAUUUAUUGUCAUGUCCCAAUAUGAAAUGGGCUUAUAUUCUCAUUUCCAGGCCUUUAGAUCGACGUAUACAAAUAUCGCGAGGUCGUAGCAUUGCAUGUAGGGUACUUUUAAACCAAAAACAAAUGUUAUGUGCCCACCCCCUCCUCCCCUUUUUUUUUCUAAAACCAAAACAAAAUAGUUAUAAAUUCAUGAAACAGUGGAAAAUAGAAAAAAUAAAGAAGAAGAAGAAGUUGCACGCGCGAACUAAAUAAAUAGUGGAGUAUAAUCAAAAGGACGAGAAAAAGGUUGGGGAAAGAGAGGGAGAAGCUCGAGAAGAGUGUGGGAGAAGGCAAACCCCAAAAACACUGACUAGACACAGACCGUUGGGCCCGACUCUUCAUGCAUGCAUGCACUCUUCUGACAUCUUUUCUUAUUCUCUACUAUUAAUAUGUACAUUUUUAAAAUUUAAAACUUCAUUGACAUUAAUUAAAUACUUGGACGUACUAGAAAUAUAAGCCCUGAAAUAAUGAGAAGGUUCAAUCCAAAAUGCUUCUUAUUAUUAUUUUUUAGUUCUAAAAUGUUUUGUUCAAAUACAAUUUAAACUCCAAUACUCAGACAUUUAAUGUGGGAAAUGGUCAGGUCACUGUUAUUACUUUUAGCUGUCAGUCUCCCUCACUCACUCACUCAACAUUGUUUCAGAUUUUAGAGCAAAAAGUCUCUAAACCCAAAGCCUCCACUCAAUUGCCUACCAUCAAAACUUGAGCUUCUUCUUUCCAAAGCCUUAAAAGUUUGUAAAAUCAAAAACCCUUUCUCUCCAGCCAUCCUCUUUACUCACUUCUCCUCUUCUUUCUUCUUGAGCCAUGACUAAAGAUGAAGAUUUUAAGCUCCUAAAGAUGCAGACUUAUUCCCUCAGAGUUAGCAUCCAUUGCGAAGGUUGUAACAAGAAAGUCAAGAAACUUCUUCAGAGGAUCGAAGGAGUUUACCACGUAAAGGUAGAAGCAGAGCACCAUAAGGUAACCGUUUCAGGCUCUGUUGACUCGGCCACACUCAUCAACAAGCUCCUGAAAGCUGGCAAACAUGCCGAGCUCUGGUCUCCAAACCCAACUACAAACCCUAACCAACCUCAGAAGCCCAAGACUAAUGACGUCAUCAAGAGCAAUCAAAAGGGUCAAAAGCAAGGCUCCGCGAAAAGUGGUCUUGAAACCUUCAAGCCCAAGAACAACCCCAAAGGUGCGGCAUGUGUCAAGGAGGAAGAAGAUGAAGACGGCGGCGAGGAAGAAGACGGAGAGGUUCAGUUACCUAAAGCGGCGAAUCAGCAGCAACAAAACGUCAAGAAAAACAGUGGAGGAGGAGGGCCAAUGAACAAUGGGAACAACGGAGUCAACGCAUCAAAGAAAGUCAACCAAAAACAGAACAGUCAGAACCAGAACAACAGUCAAGCAAUGGCGACGGCUAUGAGGAUGAGAAACGCCGCAAAAGUGAACUCUGGUGUAGAAAACAACGAGAUAGGAGCUCUCAUGGGUCUAGCUGGAUUUAACGGCGCAGCAACAAACGCCGCCGUGAAUCCUCAAAACGGGAUUCAACAACUUCAAGCGCCUCCGUUAAACAACAUCAACAGUGUCACUACUCACAACAUGAACAAUGGUAAUGGAGGACCAAGCAUGAUGAUGAACAUGAAUGGAUACAAUCCAAUGAACAUGCAGAACAGACCAUUGAUGCAUCAUCACCAGCCUCAACAAAUGAUGUACCAACGACCAGCUUUCGUUCCACCUCCAAGUAAUGGGUAUUACUACAAUUACACCCCUAGUCCGUACACUUAUUAUCCUUAUUACCCUUACCCAUCUGACCAGCACCAGCAAAUUAGUCAUUCAUCUGCAACAAACAUGCCCAGUGAUGAAGACACUAGCAAUAACAGCAGCUGUAACAUCAUGUGAGUGUUGCUUGCGAAGGAAGUUAUCUUUCUACUUCUGGGUUUGAGUAUCUUUUAUUUUGUUUUAUGGCUAAUGUGAUAUGUUACUAGUGUCAAUUAUUUCCCUUUUCUUUUAUCAACUAGGCUUAUUUCCUGUUGCGUUUGUCAUGUAAGCCAUUUUGGAUUGGUAUGAAGUGUGUUGGUAUAACGUUUUUGAUUGUUCGUGUUUUAAGUCACGUAUGAUAGAUGCUUUGCGUGAGCCUCUUGGCUCUUGGUACCACCACCGUAGUGAGUGACAUUCAUGAAAUGCGUUUGGUGCGUUGCCACCGUUUGUAGAGGAGCUAGCGUUUAGAGCGGUUGAUUUUGUCAGAACGUGGUUUGUGUGUAUCCCUCGGAAAAGAUAUUCUCUCUAUCUACUCAAAAGUGAUUCCACCUGCUGGCUGAUUCUCGGUAGGUAUCUCGUUAUACGGGUCACCUAAUUUAUUUAAUGCGACAUUCAAUUCGUUUUUUCUUUAAACUGGACUAGUAAAGUUAAUGUGUUAGUUUUAACUUUUAAGCAAAAAAAAAAAAAGAGUUAAUGUGUUAGCCAGUCAUGCAUCAAUCAAGUCUUACAAAUUUGCAAUUUACAAGAUGUUUUCCGAGACAGAAUCCAAAAUAAUUUAAGAAAAUGGGCUUCGAGAGUAGCCUAUAAAAGGUAGCCCAACUUGGUCUCCACAAUGUAAAAAGAAAAACAGAAACCUAUUUAUAUAUUUCGAUAACCACACAAGAUUCCUGAACCAGGUGACAAAAACAUGCAAACAAAAUCGCAAAGCAUACUCUGUUUAUUUUUGUGAUAGAGUGGGGAGAAGAUUUAUCAUUUACUUACGCUUUAGAGAUGUACCCUAAGCUCCGGGGUUUAAUGUUAGACUCCCUCUGUUUCAUAUUAAAUGUCAUUGUAGAUAAAUUUUUAAACAAGUGUCGUUUUCGAUUUACAAUACAAAAUUUAUUAAUUUUGUUUAGUAAUUUAUUUUUCUAUCAGUUGAAAUAUAGUUAGGUGUAUAGAUAAUUAUGUUUGUAUAUAGAAAAUAUACAAAAUUAAUUAUUUCCUUAAUCUGUGUGCACAAAUUUAAAGUGACACAUAAAAUAAAACAGAGAAAAUAUUGAUUUCGAUCUAUCUAGGCUAGCUACCACAUUCCCACAUUUUUGUUCACUAAUCAAACUUUGGUGUGGCUAUUCGAUAUAUCACCAUAUCAAACACAGAAAUAAGUGGCUGUGUUUCAUGCUUUAAUCGUUCGUGAUUACGUUUAAGUUAAGAGUAUAUCUUGUUCCAGAUGGGUUAACAAAUAACAACUUUAGCCUUUUGAAAAUUCCAUAGAAGCUCACUUCUAUUCACAACCACAACCACAACCACAACAACCAUUGAACCAGAUUUGAUUUGCCCAUCAUGAUCCCACGAGUGAAUAGAAGAAAGUAAACAUAUUAUUUUUUGUAAAAGGAUUAGUCUCAACUAAGAGCUAAAUGCAAAUGGUGUAGAACCUACAAUUUGUGUGUUGAAUUAAUUGAUUCUUUAAUUACGACAAUCAUCUAAGAUUUUAGGAUCUGAAUGGUAACAUGCAUGACAACUGCGGAACAACUGCGAUGCGGUGCGGUUUAAAUAGUAACAAAAACAUAUAGAUACACAUGUACAUAUAGAAAUUUUUAUUAUUAUUAACGGCGGUGCGGUCGAAGUUGAAUCAACACUGUGGGCUGAGGCACAGGUUAUUAAUAAUCAUAGGUUGGUACAAGAAGUACAGGUAAGGCCCGAUUUAGGGACCCUAGGAAGAUGGUGCUUCACAGACGGUUCUUGGAAAGAUAAAGAUCUAUUUUCAGGACAAGGAUGGCUUAGUACGCUACCAGGGUUUGAUAGCUUAUUGGGGGCACGAAAUGUAAGGGCAUCCCUCUCACCUCUUCAUUCGGAGAUGGAGGCAUUAAUUUGGGCAAUGGAAUGUAUGCGAAAUUUAAGGCAGUUUCAGGUUACGUUUGCAACGGAUUGUUCUCAACUGGUGAAGAUGGUUUCGGAACCAGAGGAAUGGCCAGCAUUUGAAAGCUACCUGGAAGAUAUCAAGCUUCUGCGACAAAGUUUUGUCAGCUCAGAAAUCGUUCAUGUUCCUAGGACGGAGAACAAAAGGGCGGAUAGCUUGGCACGUAGUGCUCGGCAACAAUCGUCUUUCGUCGUGCACAUGGAUGCAGAUUUACCACCUUGGUUUACAGAGUCUACAUGAGUCUGUAAAUGUUUGCUGUCAAAAAAAAAAAAAAAAUUAACGGCGGUGCGGUCUGUCACCAUUCGAAGCCUUAAUCUACACACCGAAUAGUCAUAGUUGAAUGGUCCAAUCACUUUCAGUGAUAAGUUGAUAUAUCUCACUUUAUAGGGUCUACUUUCUAUUAGAAAAAGUAAACAAGGAUUAAAUAAGUAUUAGCCAGAGAAUUCUCUUUAAUGCAUCGAUAUUUGAUAUGUUUUAGACAUAAUUUCUCACAAAAUGGUUUUGAAAAUCAGUCAUAUUAAAUAUAUCAUCAAUAUAUGUUAUACAUGUUCUUUUGAAUACCUUUCUCUCUCUUAAUCCUCUGCCUUCUCUUUUGGUUUCCUCGGACUGAUCUCACCGUUUCGCCGACCCCGGCUGCUUUCAUAGAGUCGGAGUCGAUCUUGUUUUGUAUUAUCGAUCUUUUUAAGCAGAGUGGUUUGGUUCUUUUCCUUUUAGAUUGGAUUUUAUUUGAAACCUUGUGUUGAUUUGAAUGAGUUUGCAUGUCGAUUUUGAGCUCUCUUUGGCUCACAUCUGGGCUCGAUCUUAGGCUAUCUUGAUCUAUCAGGAUAGUUUGUACUGGUAUGUGAGUUGUCUCACUCCUUGUCAUCAUCUUUAAGAUUUGAUCGAGAUUUUCCCUUCUGGAUGGCUUCAGUUAUGGUGUUUCGUGGUAUCAUCUCCGUCAUCGUCUUUCUAGUUGAAGACUUAUAAACUGAAAUGGUUCUAUCUCCUAGAUAUGACGCUUUGUUCUCUAAUUCGUCUGGGCUAUUCAUCAUAGGAUGAGUCACAAGGCGGAGGUUUAUAGUCAUGGAUGACUUUCUCGCCUUGUCUCGUUUCAAAGAAGCUCUAUCAAAUCUGCAUGGUAUCUUAUUCUAUGUUUUGUAAAGGUUUCUUUUAAUCUUUCAUUUUUGCCUUCUAGUUCAGAACGAUUAGUUUUGUUCUAUGUUUUGUGUCUUUUUUCAAUCCUUGUUUUUCUUGUAUGGGCUACUGUUUCCGAGAACUUUUGUUUGGUUCGUCGGCUUCUGUCUCCGAAAACCUUUGUUUGGUUUGCCGGCCUCUGUUUCUAUCGGAAUUCGUGGAAUCUCCGUCUUAUGUAACUGGUUUAUGUUGAAUAUAAUUAGUGUU